UGGAAUAAUGUACAGGCAUCAUUACCAUCUCAAUCCCCUUACCGUCAGCAACACCACAACAGGCAGCAGAGUACAGCAGGGAUCACAUGCACCUAGCUGCCUUCAUUUCCUUCUCCAGUAGCUGCAGAAGAGCCUGUGCCUCGCCUGUACACAGCAGACAUCCCUGCAGUAUAUUACAGGAUAUUUCCAAGGCUGCAAAAAGAGCUGCGCAGAUACCAGGAUCCAGCACAAAGCAGUGUUGAUCCACUGUUAUUAUGAUGUAUCGGGGGAGUCAGACAGCCACAUGUGUGGAAACUCCUAAAGCAAAUAUGGAGGACAUUGGACAAGAUCGUGGAAUGACAGAUGACAUAUUUGACACAACCUAUGCUGAGAAGGAAGGUCCCAAACCUCCCAUGAAAAUAGUAUGGAGAAAUGUCAUUCUGAUGACUUUUUUACAUAUUGGGGCAUUUUAUGGACUCUGGUUUAUCCCAUUGGCGAAACCUGCUACGCACGUUUGGAGCCUCUUUUGUUUCAUGAUGAGCGCCCUGGGAGUGACUGCUGGUGCCCAUCGCCUCUGGAGUCAUCGUUCCUUUAAAGCUAAGCUGCCUCUUAGGAUAUUUUUGGCAGUUGCAAAUACUAUGGCAUUUCAGAAUGACAUUUAUGAAUGGGCCAGAGACCACCGUGCACAUCAUAAGUAUUCGGAAACAGAUGCAGAUCCUCAUAAUGCAUCAAGAGGUUUCUUCUUCUCUCACAUUGGUUGGCUGCUUAUGAGGAAACACCCAGAUGUCAUAGAAAAGGGCAAGAAGCUUGAUUUAAGUGAUCUUCAUGCAGACAAAGUGGUGAUGUUCCAGAGGAGACACUACAAGAAAUUGAUCCUGUUGAUGUGCUUUAUAUUUCCCACUGUUGUUCCUUGGUAUUUUUGGGAUGAAUCACUGUAUACAGCGUUUUAUGUACCCUGCCUCCUGCGUUACGCAUUGGUACUAAAUGCAACAUGGCUGGUAAACAGUGCAGCUCAUAUGUUUGGAAACCGACCAUAUAACAAGAACAUCAACCCCAGAGAAAAUAGAUUUGUUGCAAUAGGAGCAAUAGGUGAAGGCUUCCAUAACUAUCAUCACACAUUCCCCUAUGACUAUACUGCCAGUGAAUUUGGAAUCCGCUACAACCUCACCACAUGCUUUAUAAAUUUUAUGUGCUAUUUGGGCCUCGCCACUGACUGCAAGAGAGUAUCAAAAGAGACCAUAUUGGCUCGACAACUACGCACUGGAGAUGGAAGCCACAGGAGUGGCUAAAAUCAACAAUAAGAACAACAACAAAUCUAGAGCAAGGCUAAAUAUGAUUACUUUAACAUGACCCAGCACAGUGUUCUUUUAGUUAUGUACUUAAAGUAAUUAUAUCUUCACCUUGAGUUUUCAUCUCUUCUUCCAUUUGCUUUCCCCUGUGUAAUGUCCCUUCCUUAGGCUUUAGUAUGUUUGGUUGUUUUUUCUGUAUUUAUAUUGUUAUUUUUUUUCUUUUCCAAUUUACUUUUUCCUUUUACAGUUGCUGUAUGUUCUCAUCCUAAACUGAUGAGAUCUGUACCUACUGUAAAUCUUAUUAUCAAGCACUGACCACAACUCCAGCUCUCUCUUCAGUUUUUAUUGACUGCUCUCAGGCUAUCUGCAAAAAGAAUGAAAUCCAAUUAGAGGAAAACUUACAAGUGCCAUUUUUAACAAUUUGUACAUAAGGGAUAAAAGCUCCAUGAGUUUUGUAUCUAUUUAAUUUACUGUUGUACAACCAGACUGGCUUUUAGACAGUUUCUUUGCUGUCUUGCUAUUUUAGCUACUGACUGUCCCACCACUUAAUCCUGCUUAAACGCAGGGGUGGGUUGCAGAACUUAGGACACAGUAAAUGUUUUAUGAGUUGUGGCAGUAUGCAUACUAACAUUUGCUAAGACUCCUAGUUCUUGCAUAAACACCUCAAAAAUGGAAAUGUACAAAAACACAGAGAGAGAGGGAUUCUAUAUAUUUUUGUUGGUGUUCUCAGUAGAACUAUUAGCUUUAUCUUAUGGUUGCUACAGGCCUAUAUAAUGUUAACAUAGCAUCUUACUAUAUGCUAACCCAUGGACAUAUUCUCUAACAGUUUAGAAUUGUAGAACCCAACUUGUUGCCUUUCAGCCGUAACAAUAUCUAUUAGGUAGGCAUGGUUAAGUAACAUUGAUAAAAAGUAGUCAACCUUGAUGUAAAGUAUAUAGUGGUAGCAUGACAUCACUAGUAAAUGUUUAGCUCUGAAAGAGGCUCAGGAAUAGAAGAGCAUGCUAAUUUCCAUUUCAUUACGUGCUGGGAUGAAAUGUUGACAAGGUUAUUUGGUUCUAUAGCUUGAGGUAUUGGUCCUGAUAGGCAUUGCAAACUAGAUUAGCUUGUUUUAGUAGUGUUUGGUAGCGUGUACAGGGGCAUGGCUUUGGUCGUCCCAUUUUGUAUAUUAUGACAUUUCUUCAGUUAUUGUGUGGCAUAUUUAUAACAUAGUUAAAAAGAAUUAAUUUGAAGUCAAUGGUGAAGUACCUUUCUAGAAAUGCUCAUAGCACUUAUUCUUAAUUUCUACUAGAGCUUCAUAAGGAAACUUUAUCUGUACCUUUUAUGAACGAAAAGCACUUAAAUGACUUGCACCAAAAAAAAUGUGAUUUUUAUUUUUCUCUCCUGUGUUUCCGGUAUGACGCAAACAUAAAGGAAUACAUUCUGUGCAGAGAUCAAAAUAGUUAUUGGUCCAAUGUUCAACUGGGUUCUGGGUGCAGACACAAGAAUGCAGUUGCAUCACUCACAGCAAUAUAAUGAUUUUUCAUCAUCUUAAUAGAAUCGAUGAAUAAAAAAUAUGUCAACAGCUGAAAAGUGUUAUGCUCUAAAAUGAUUUAGACAGGAAGAAAACUGUUUAAAACCAGAACGUACAGACAUCAUCUUAUCAUCAAAUAGUUUUAAAACUGUAAUGUAUUUCCAGUGUCUGCAGUCAUCUAUAAAGAAUAUCUUUUUUCGAGAGAACAGUUGGGCAUGUUGGGUUUCAACAUGUCUGAUGCUUUUGCUCCUUAUAAAAGCCACCACCAGAAGUGUCUGGCAGUGGCUUUCUCCCUUCUUCCCAUUCAUGAGACAUGCAUGCUCAGAACAUGCCUGGUGUGAGUGUCCAUGUGUAUGGGGGAUAGGGAGCGACAGCCAAACAAACAUUCAGCCGAUAGCUAUAUGUUCAUUGUAUGUCCAGCUUUAAACACUUUGUCCAUCUUUGGACAAUCCCUUUGGUAAAAAUGAUCCUUGUAGGAUAAUCUUAAGACCCAUGUAGUUAGAUGUAAUCCAUGGGGAGAAAUGGAAAGCAAGUGUAUUAUUUCCCCUUAGCACCAUGCCACAGGAAACAAAGCAUUACACAGUGCCUACUAAAAUCAAAGUGCUAUCCAUGGAGUGCAUGGAUGUGCCAAGUCCUUCAGAGUGAAAGAUGCUCUUUGUAGCCAUUUGUUACCCUGAGGUUCUUAAAUAGGGGAUCCGCUCUAUUAACUGAUAUUCCCUAAAAUAUAUAUUUAAAAAUUGAUUUUCUGAAUAAGCCAAUAUAAUACAUAAGGCUACUUUACUCUACAUAAAGUCAUGUUUUUAUGUGUCAUGUUUAUGUCUAUAAUAUUGUAAUGGCACUAAUACUAUCAAAUUGUGUUCUCUAUUGUUAUGGCAAGUAUUGAAUGUCAUAAUCAUAGGUUAAACAUAGUAUAGUAAAUUACAAAACAUUCAGAUAGAUUAUUCUAAACUACUGCAAGCUUGAAACAUAGUAUAACAAUAGUGCCAUGUGAUAAUGUCAUUGUCAUAAUCGUGCAUACUAAUAUUCAAUUCUUAGUAGGUUUUUGAGUGUAUGCACGGCUUUUUAGUGGUUGACUUUAUAGCCUAAAGCCUAAUAUUAGCAUGAACAUUGCAGAAUAUGAGCUGUUGUCCAUUUAGAAGAAACCUACAUACAAUAGGGAUGAUAAACUUAACCUGGUGCUGUAAAUGAAGAGACUACUUUAAUAUUUCAAUUGCAUUUUUAUGUCAUGUAAAUAUUUAGAUCAGAUGUGAAAAAUGAUACCAAAAAUCUUUGGCCUUACACUAUUUGUUCAAUUGGAGAUGGACGUAUUGGUACACACCCAUCGGCUCUUUUAGACAUAUUUUCAAUAUUUGGACAGAAGCACUUUAGUUAUAAAGCACUUAACAAUGUUAUAAAGGUUAACUGCAUUAAAUAAUUGCCCAACUGGAAAUAAAAACUCCAACUACCUCCCCUUUACUGACCUAAAUAUUUUACUGUAUAAAAAUAAAAACACUUUUCACAACUGCCACUCAUCUAGUGUUGGCAGUGCUUUGUGUAAAAUGUAUGUAAGUCUUAUUUAAAGGAAUCGCCAUAACCUCAGCUCUACAGUGUUAGAUAAUAUAGAAUAAUAUAGGAUAGGGUAAAUGACUGGGCGGUUAUGGGAUACUAUAAGCAUAAUAGGGUAAAUGCUGGAUCACCUUGAAGAAAAAGUUCAUAGAAUUGAAUAGUGGAACAGGAAGGUGAUAACCAGGAACAGUUAGAACUUUUUUGGACUAAUAAUAAAAAGUAAAUUCAUUUUUAGAAUAAUUUGACUAAUCACAGCCUGAGAUGCCAAACACUCGUGUUUAACCUGGUGUCAAUGGUAUACGUACAAUAGAGGCAGAACAUGUGACCCCCUCAAUGAAGUAAUUCCAGGUUGGUCUUGGGUGGUGAGAAGCUCUUCAGAGAUGGGGUCUGCACAGAUGCUACACAAUUAGAAAACAAGUAUGAGGAAAAUGUACUCAAGUUAUAAAAAUGGUAGAGGGCACGCUACGUUGCAGGUAGUUUGCAAUGUGGUGUUGUCUGGCAAAACUGCUUUUCACACUGUGGUUACUGCAUAGUUAGCCUAACUUGUGGUACCCAUUCACUUUAUACUAAAGUCAGCUUUGGCUGACUGUCUAAGGUGCGUGGUAGCCUCCCGACUCUCCACCGAAGGGUCAGGUGUGUUGGAAUACCCCCUGAUCCAAAUGUUCUACUGGGGUCAAGCUGAUGACAGAGCUGUCUGGAUGCAGCUUGCCCCUUCUCUCCCCAUAGACCACACAUUACGUUCAUCUGCGUAUGGGGAGGUCAGAAAACUGUUGGCCGAAUGCUCGCCCGACAGUAUUUGAAAUUGUUAGGCACCUGUAGAACUGAAAAGUUGAGCCAUGUCUGAUAGUCUGGUUGCUAGGGACAUGCAAGUAAGCAGUUGUCUUCUUAAUAGGUUUUCAGGUCCUUGCAGCCAGUAUUAGAUUACUCAUCUUUAGCUCAAGGUAAAAUUGACACUGAAAGAGCAGUGAUGCUACUCUUUAUUCCUAAUCUGCAUUACCCAUAUUUCUGUAAAAAUAAAUUUAGGUAGAAAAGCCCUUGAAGGUUAGCUCUGGGAAUGAUAUCAGCAAACAAAUGAAUUUGCAAUAGGUUACCUCUAUAGGUGCCUACGAACUCUGUAACCUGACUUAGAUGAUGAUCUAUAGAUGAAAUAAUAGACUUCUGCUUAGAUUGAAUUUCACGUGUACAGCAUUUAUCCAUGCAGUUAUAGUCGCAUAGACUUUUUUGUGCUUUCGCUGUCUUUGGCAUGGCAUUGCUUCAGCUGGUGCACGAGGUUAUGUAUUCAUAAUAGAAGGAGGCAUUGUGUGAGAUGAACUAAAGUGCCCUGCUGCACGUUUAUAAUUAAUGGGUAAACUUUAAUUUUAUUUCCAUAAAAUGCCAGUCUUGUUAAUGUGUUGAUGACUUAAAGUUAAGGCAAAAUCUAGGCCUAAUUGGCAUACAGUCCUCAGCUAUGGUGUGAUACUAUAUUUUAAAGUGGUCCUUGUUUACACACCAAGACAUUCGGUGAAUACAACUGCUCUUUGCUUCUAGAAUAUGUUCACAUUGUUUUAUUUUGCUUUUGAGGUGCCUUCUCUGCAAUGCCACAUUGUUUCUUUGGUGAUACCUAGGGCAAGCAUAGAUAUGAUACAGGACUGGUUUGUGUGUGUUUGUGUGUACGCGUGUUGGGCUUAAUGUGGUGUUUCUAAGCUCAUAUAUGCUGGUAAGAUUUUCCUAACGCCUCUUUUUUGGUUGUAGCAUUCCAAGUAUAGCUUAGCAUUAAAGUCAAGAAGCCGACCAAUAUUUAAAAUAAAAACUUGGUCAUAUAAGACUUGGGUUCUCAUGACUUGACACUGUGGCAACACUAACCUUAAGAUAUUCACUUGACUUGGUAUAAUAUGUUUUAUGGUCCAUAUAAGCUGCUCUAUGCCCUACUUCAGGCUUGGCUUCGGAAGUCCACUUUUGUUUUUUAGCCCAGCAACAUGUUGAAGACCAUUUUAAUAUAUGAGGGAUAUAUACUUCCAUAACAGGAAAAUUAUUUUACACUGUACUGCUACAUUUCUACCAAGAAAGGGAAGCAAGUAAAUAAAAUACAGACUUUCAGGGACUUUCUAGAGACAGCAAUGGACGUCUUUCUUUAAACAUAGAGAGUCUUUCAAGGCUAUUGCUUUUCAUACAUGUGUAGAAAUAAACAUUUGUGUCAUUUCAGUAUAGUAUGUUGUCUUGUGGUUUUGUUGGAAAAAACAACUGUGUGUCUGUCUAGAUUUCUUGAUUUGGGAAUAUCCAGUUAAAUACAGGCUUCUGGGGACUGACGUCAAGAAAUGACAAACUUGAAAAAAAAGAAGAGAUAUAAACUAGGGAACAAGCAUUGGACAGCCUAAUAAAAGUGACAUUGAAAUGUGACGCUGUUUGUAUACUGUUCCAAGUACAUUGUUUAAAUGUGCAACAAAAAAUAAUGUUUUCUAUUAAUAAAAACAUGUUAAGACAA